AUGCCCAUCACGUUAGAUUUGAAUGACAGCGCGGUAGACUCUACCACCAGACGGACGCUGUCAAACCUCUCCCUGGCUGUGGCGAAAUGCAAGAAGAUAGUCGUGGUUACUGGCGCAGGCAUAUCAUGCUCUUGCGGUAUUCCAGAUUUCCGGUCCUCAGACGGUCUGUAUGCGUUAGUCAAGCAGCAAUAUCCGGACGUCGUGCUGAAAGGACGCGACCUAUUUGACGCGUCAUUAUUCCGCGACACGACAUCUACAUCUGUGUUCUACACGUUCAUCUCGCAGCUGAAACGCUCCAUUGACGUCGCUUCGCCGUCGCCCACCCAUCGCUUCAUUAAGACCCUUGACACCAAGCGCAAGCUUCUGCGUUCAUAUACCCAGAACAUCGACGGGCUGGAGGAGAAAGCAGGGCUCGUCGGCAGCUCCAGCGACGGCGUCAGAAUUAACGGGAAAGGCAAGGCCAAAAUCAAGGUGAAAGAAGUCCGCAAUGUCCAGCUGCACGGUGAUAUCCACCGCGUGCGGUGUACGUUUUGCUCGGCCGAGCUUCUAUGCACCGAGGACUACCUCGAUCGGUUCAACACGGGAGUUCCGCCCGACUGCCCAGAGUGUGUUACACGGUCGAAAGCCCGCGUUGCCCGCUCUGCUCGUGCGCUCAAGAUUGGUACCCUGCGUCCUGCCAUCGUCCUCUACGACGAACCACAUCCCCUGGGAGACGAGAUCGGUAGCAUGCAGACUGCGGACAUCAACCGCAAGCCGGACAUGCUCAUCAUCAUGGGGACCUCGCUGAAGGUGCACGGCUUCAAAAAGCUCGUGAGAGACUUUGCUCGCGUCGUUCAUGAUGCUGCACCCUCGCCAGCGUCUGCGUCCACUUCGUCGCCACCGAAAGGUGCAAAAAGCAUGGCGGGGAAGGUCAUAUUUGUGAACAAGACCGCUCCCGGGAGCGAGUGGGACGGCAUCAUCGACUACCAUGUAGUCGGAGAGACAGACGCAUGGGUCGAGCGGGUCACUGAGGAGUGGAAGAAGAUGAGGCCCGCGGACUGGGAGGUGCAGAAGAAGCUUGUCGCCACAGGCGAAGUCGAGAGCACGGGAACCUUCACUGUGGCCAAGGAUAUUACCAACACCAUCGCCGUCGCAAAAGGCAAAGGUAUGUGCUUUUAUCCUGAGCAAAUACACUGUUUAUUGACGCAAGAGUUCUAA